ACACCAGCCCAGUCCACAAGUACCAAGAAGUGUGGGGAUGUGGCGGGUCUGCAGUACCGAGGCGUGCUGGCUCUGUACUCCCUUCUGGAGGACAGCUGGCAGGACCUGUCAUCGCUGGCAGACAGCAACAGUGGGGUGCUGCACCUGCAUGAUGUGAAUAAGAGCAGCAGUGGCCUGUACAGAUGCCAGACCCUGGACUUGGAUGAUAUGAGACAGCUCGAGAAGGAUGUGGAGCUUGUUGUGAACUACAUUGAAGGGGUCCAUGUGAAGAUGGAGCCGUCCUCACCCAUUCAGGAAGGGGACAGCGUGAGGCUGAGCUGCAGUGCCCACAGCCCCGUGGCCCUGGACUACCAGUGGAGGGAUGAGAAGGGCAGGAAGGUUGCGGAAGGGAACCAGCUCUUCCUGAGCAACCUCACCUUUGAAACCUCCAACAGCUUCAGCUGCAAGGUGAUGGCACCAAGCGUGCCGGGGCUGGAGCAGAGCAAGCAGGUGGCCGUGGAUGUUCAGGGUAAGAACCGGUCGGUAAAAAAAAUCAGCUCCCCGCUGUACGUGCGGCAGGAUGAGGUGGUGAACCUGACCUGCAAGGCCAUCGCUUUCCCCUGGCCGUCUGUCCACUGGAACGUCAAUGGGACGGCUCACGAGUACGUUGAAAAUCAGCACAUCACCAGCAACCUGACGGUGCGUGUGAACCACGACCUGCUGCGGGCAGGAGCCAUGUGCAGGGUCUCCAACGCGCUGGGUGUCAGCGAGAAGCACAUCCAGCUGCUGGAUCAAAAGACACCAGAGAGCAAAGGGGUGAUUAUUGUGGCGAUCAUCGUCUGCAUCCUCGUGGUGGCUGUGCUGGGGUCUGUCAUCUACUUCCUGCACAAGAAAGGCAAGAUCCCCUGUGGCCGCGCUGGGAAACAGGACAUCACAAAGCCAGAGGCACGUAAAGACAAGAUUGUAGUUGACGUUAAGUCAGAAAAACUGGGGGGGCUCCUGAGGGUGCCCAGCGCCGAAAAGCCCCCUGCCGCUGACCAGAGCGAGAAAUACAUCGAUCUGAGAAACUAG